AUGCAGGGUGAAAUUGAGGGUGAACUUUCAAGGAAUUGUCAAGGCACAUGCUUGGAUGGUGGUUCAGAGUUGAAUCUUUUAAGCAAGGAAGUUCUUGAAGCACUAUUGUUGGUGCUGAUGAGUCGUGAGCAACAGAAGCGGGGGAAGCAAGAGAAAGGUUCUGAUGGUGCUGAGAAGGUCAUUGUUGCCGUUAAGGCAUCAAAAGAAAUUCCAAAGACUGCUCUUGUUUGGUCCCUUACUCAUGUUGUUCAACCUGGGGAUUGCAUUAUACUGCUAGUGGUUGUGCCUUCACAAAGUUCAGGUAGAAGAUUAUGGGGUUUCCCGAGAUUUGCUGGUGACUGUGCCAGUGGUAUUAAGAAGUACCCUCCAGGAACAAUAUCAGAGCAGAAGAGUGAUAUCACUGAUUCUUGCUCUCAGAUGAUCCUUCAACUCCAUAACGUCUAUGAUCCAAACAAGAUCAAUGUCAGGAUUAAAAUUGUUUCUGGAUCACCUUGUGGAGCAGUGGCAGCAGAAGCCAAGAAAGCACAAGCCAAUUGGGUCGUUUUAGACAAACAGCUCAAACAUGAGGAAAAGCGAUGCAUGGAAGAACUACAAUGUAACAUUGUGGUUAUGAAGCGUUCUCAACCAAAAGUACUGCGGUUGAAUUUGAUUGGACAUAAGAAGAAAGAUGUUGAAGAAGCAGGUCCAUCACCUUCUGAGAAAGAUGACAUGUCUGAAAAGCGAAGCAAAAUAAAGCUUGAUUCCUUAAAUUCAAUCAAAGGACCAGCUGUAACUCCAUCUAGCAGCCCUGAGCUAGGGACACCAUUCACUGCAACCGAAGCCGGUACUUCAUCAGUUUCAAGCUCUGAUCCAGGAACUUCACCUUUCUUCAUCUCAGAGAUGAAUGGUGAGUCCAAAAAAGAGGAAACUAUCCAGGAAAGUCAAGAGCUCGUUGAUACUAAUUCAGACACAGAAAGUGAAAGUCUGUCCACAUCUUCAGCAAGCAUGAGAUACAAGCCAUGGAUCACAGAAAUGCUUUUACAUCAACAAUCAUCCCAACGCAAUGAAGAGAGAUCCGAGAUAUCUCAUGGUAUGCCUCAAGCAUCAACAACCAGAGCUUUCCUAGAUAAAUAUUCUAGGCUUGAUAGAGGAGCUGGAUUUGAAAUCUCAACGUAUAGAAAUGACUUGGAUUUCAGUGGAAAUUUGAGAGAAGCAAUAGCAUUAUCUGGAAAUGCACCACCUGGUCCCCCUCCACUGUGUUCAAUAUGUCAACACAAGGCACCUGUUUUUGGAAAACCUCCAAGGUGGUUCAGCUAUGCUGAGUUAGAACUUGCUACUGGUGGUUUUUCGCAGGCCAACUUCUUGGCUGAAGGAGGAUUUGGAUCUGUUCACAGAGGGGUUCUACCAGAAGGACAAGUCAUUGCUGUCAAGCAACAUAAAUUAGCUAGUUCUCAAGGUGAUCUUGAAUUUUGUUCAGAGGUUGAAGUCCUGAGCUGUGCUCAGCACCGGAAUGUUGUUAUGCUCAUUGGGUUCUGUAUAGAAGAUAAGAGAAGGCUACUAGUUUAUGAGUACAUAUGCAAUGGAUCAUUGGAUUCGCAUUUAUAUGGGCGACAAAAGGAUACAUUAGAAUGGCCUGCACGGCAAAAAAUUGCUGUGGGAGCAGCUCGUGGGUUACGAUAUCUUCAUGAAGAGUGUAGAGUGGGUUGUAUUAUCCACCGUGACAUGAGGCCAAACAACAUUCUCAUAACUCAUGAUUUUGAACCUCUGGUUGGUGAUUUUGGACUGGCGAGGUGGCAGCCUGAUGGAGACACAGGUGUGGAAACAAGAGUGAUUGGAACAUUUGGGUAUUUGGCUCCUGAAUAUGCUCAAAGUGGCCAAAUCACUGAAAAAGCUGAUGUUUAUUCCUUUGGGGUGGUAUUAGUUGAGCUUGUGACAGGGAGAAAAGCUGUGGAUCUCACUAGGCCAAAGGGACAGCAGUGCCUAACCGAGUGGGCACGACCUCUGUUAGAAGAAUAUGCCAUUGAGGAACUGAUUGAUCCAAGGCUUGCUAACCAAUAUUCAGAACACGAGGUCUAUUGCAUGCUGCAUGCUGCCUCAUUAUGCAUACAGCGAGACCCUCAAUAUAGACCACGCAUGUCACAGGUUCUCCGAAUACUAGAGGGUGACAUGGUGAUGGACACAAAUUACCUCUCAACGCCAGGCUAUGAUGCAGGAAACCGAAGUGGUAGACUCUGGUCAGAGCCGUUACAAAGGCAGCACCAUUACAGUGGUCCCCUAUUAGAAGAGUCUCUGGAGUGCUUCAGUGGGAAGCUAUCCAUUGACAAGUACAAGCCUUCGUAUUGGGGUGAUAGGGACAAGGCUAGGAGGGCCUCAUGUGAAGAUGACAUUUGA